GCUGAGAAAAACAAGAGAGAGAGAGUUUGGGCCUUUCUUUGCUUUUCUACUCAUUUCAAAGUAUAAAUUACAGGAAGAACUGGGGGAGAGCUGAAGGACGGAGUUGGAGAAGAACUGAUUCUACUACCAUUUCAUGCAUCUGCUUCCGCCCUCUGGUGUUCAAAGGGUGUCAUAGCUUCCUUCUCUUCCGCAGUUUUGAUUUUGUACAGAGGAGCCAAUCAACCAACCGGGAAACUUCAGCUCUCUCGGGAAGUUGGCGGGUAGAGGAAUCUGAGUGAAAGAUUCUAUCUUUGCAUUUUAGGGUUUGGUGGUGAGGAUCUGUGAUGAGUUUAUCGCAGCAACAGGAUGAUCGGAACAUGGAGGGCUGGCUCUACUUAAUCCGUUUCAAUCGUCUUGGCCUGCAGUACUCCAGGAAGCGCUAUUUUGUUCUCGAAAACUGCGCACUCAAUUGCUACAAAUCUGUUCCCUCAGACAGGGAGGAUCCUCUUCGAAGUGCACUUCUUGAUUCCUGUAUACGUGUGACCGAUAAUGGGAGGGUGAACAUUAAUAAAAAUGUUCUUUUUAUUUUUAGCUUAUAUAAUGCAUCUAAUCACAAUGAUCAGCUUAAGUUGGGUGCCAGGAGCUCCGAGGAAGCAGCUAGGUGGAUAAAAGCCUUAAUGGAGGCAGCACUGAAGGAAUGA